CUUCAAUUUUUUUUCGAUUUUCUUGGCAUCAAAACCACCAUUUUUAAGUUUGAAAUCGUUCACAAGCAGGCGAGAAAUGACAACUGAGAAUAGAAUUAAUGUCGUAGCUGCGAAUAGUUGGAGAGUGAUACUACAACUUAUAGCUAACAGUGAACAGAAAGCUAGCGCAACGAAGCCUAACGUAUGAAGAAUGAGAUUCCGUUCACUCCGAAUUGAUUACCGGGCCGAGGCGAUCGAGGUCUUGCGAGAAGAAAGGCAGCUUCGGCAGCAACGAAAACAAGAACGACGAAGGGAUAAUGAUGGAAAUAAACGAUGUGAUGAUUCAUCGAUAUCUAUUUCGCAUCAAAGUCGACCGAGAAAAAAACGACGCGUAAUCCGAAUAUUCCACGAGGCUCUGGAACCGAAGCCGGAACAACGAUGGCACAAACCCGAACAAGAACGAGACAGAAAUGACAACAAGAAAGAAGCGGUUUUGAGGUUGCCAUUCUGGAUCUCCACUCAAGUCAAUAAUGAUAGCGAUAAAGACAGCCUCGCCGUAAGUGAUACCAAAACGGAUACCAACCACUAUCCGAAGAAAAUCAAUGACAAUGAUUACGAACAUAACGAAUACGAACACGAUGACGAUACAACAAUGGUGAAUGUCAGGGACAAUUGCAAAGUCUUCUGUCCCACUAUUCGAAAUUACAAUGAUGAUUGUGCGGUAAGCGCUUGUUUCAUAUGAUCGGAAAUUGAAAAAAUCCUCAUAUCCCGUGCCAAACUCUCCAUCUAAUCGAAACGUCGGUUGUAUUUCCUUUUUGAUUGAUUCAUCCAACUCAUCUUUCUCUUUUUACAUUGUUCUAAUGAUAGACGAGCGAUAUCGACAAUUUGUCGAUCAAGAACAACCAAAAGGAAGACCGACCAUAUGUGGUUGGUACGGGGAACACGUAUGCCACCAGCAUCACCGCCGCUACUUCGAUUGGGAAAAGCCACUACCCUCACCCCGUACAGCACAAGAUAAACUAUAGAAUUUUCUAUAACACUCCUUGGUUGCUAAGCUUGGUGUCUUCGAUUCGAAGGCAGGCCAAUCGAAGGCGUAUAGCAUCCUAUCCAGCUGGUGAUGAUGAUGACAAUCGCCGUUCUUACUUAUAUCCUCGCCACCGCUGCCGCAGAAGCAUGGAAUAUGAGUCUUUGACCAACGAAUCCUUCUUUAACUUCUAUCGAAGAAUCCAGCAGUGGACCAUCGAUAGAUCAAUCCUAUUGACAUCUUACGAGAGAAACACGAAACUUUUCGAUAAGAAAUUGUCCAUAAGAAGUCGCUUACAUACCUUCUGCGAAAGACAUUCGACGCGGCCUGGCAGCAGCAGCAGUAGCUGCCGCUAUUCUGGAGCGAUUUUAUUGCCUCCAAAUAUCAACAACGCUUUGAAGAACGGGUCGCAUGCAUAUACGAUUGGGUCCAAGCGUCCUCGAUGGGAAGAUUGGAAGCAAGAAUUGGGUGUCGUUACUACAUUUCGUAAUACUAUUGCUGGUAGUGAGACUCUAGAUGGUGUUUCCGUCCCGGGCGAGGAUAAUUGCGAUGGAGGGAACCUAUGUAGCAACUGGAGGUAUCUCAAUUCGCGAAGGGAACAAAAUCCACUUGUGACAAAAAUGAAUUCAUCAUCGCCAUUGUUGCCAUCACCACCACAUCCAUCGCCGGAGUUGUGGAAGACUGCAAUGAUGACUGUCCAAGCCAUUUGCACCUAUCAAAAACAAGUGCUUCAACAAAAGCAUGCCUUGCAUCGAAGGGAAGAGUCAGAGUCACCAAAUACCCAUGCAGCUUUUUCAGAAGCUGAAGGGACACGUCACCGGACGCCUCUGAUUCAUAAAGUUCCAGCAUCGACGGGGUCAGAAAAUAUAUCAGCAAGGGAACAAACUACAUUGCGACUUUCGCCAAAUGGUAACCGAGGACGCAGAGGCGAAUGCAAGCAGCAGCUGCAAAACACAAUGGUGCAGUGGAAGCAAAUUGACAGAACAGACUGUACUAUUAACGACGAGAAACGAUCUCCAUCGCCAUUGGGAAAAUGGGAGGAGCAGAUCACAACACCGACAGCGACAGUGGCACCAACAAUAGCAACGAAAUGGCCGUUCGAUAACAGCAUUCUAUUUCUAUCCGCUCCAAAUUGGCAGAAAGAAAAUGUAGUCUUUGGCGACAGAAAUUGUCACGAAGAAGAAAAAAAAACCCGAGAACCUGCAGUCGCAUUGAAUUUUUCCGAUGACGUCGAAUAUAUCGAUAGCGAUGACUACGAGCAAGGGAAUGGGAAAAAUUCCAAACCCAACGCCGCAAUCGAAGGAUUGCUCGACGAGAAGCCUUUGGUUAUGGGAGAAAAAUAUACGGAAAGGCGGCCCAGGACAAGUUCCUCGGAGCACUAUCAAGGCUUCACCAAUAAUAGUACUACGGAAAACAGUUGCAUUGCUUGUAAUGGUGACGAAAAGGAAGAACUCUCAAACAUACAGGAGCAUCACCACACAGUCAAGGCGAAAGAAAAAGAAUUGACAUUGUUGCAACGAUUCGGUCUAGUGGCAGAAAACAAUAUUGGGGGCAACUACAGCGCAACAAAGAAUGAAACCACAAUCGCACGAAAGCCAUCACCUAAACACAAUACUGCCGUCGACGACCGAAUCAACGACGAUGCUGAUAACAACGCCAAUGCACAUUGUCAAACCCCUCGCUGCAACAAAGAUAUGGAGAUUCCACCAUCCGACUUCAACGAUGACGAGACUUCUCCCUUCGAAUUUCCAGUUUGUUCGGAUCAAUAUGAAGAAGAAGAUGAUAGAGAUGAGAACAUUGCUAGUUCCAAACGAGGAAGAUUGGAGCACCAUUCUUCCUCUCCAACUUUGGAAAGAACUUCUCGUCGUGAUCCGGAAAUCAAAAAUAGACAGAAGAGAAGAAAGAAGCGGAGACGCACAAAGGAGGAGAAGAAAAUGCUAAGGAAAGAAAAGCGGGCAGAAAAAAGACGGAAUAAAGGAGAGAAAAAUAGCAAACCGCAGCACAAACACAUGCGCCAAGAUGUCGCUAAGAAGAGCUCCGAAAAGCUGGGGAAAAAUGGCCUCAUGAAAGCUAACAAGAGAGAGGAUAGCGAGAUCGAAAUCGAAGAACUUGAAACUCCAAAAAAGCUUGAAGAUAUCACGCCCGAACAGAUUACGGCUAGACAACGCAAUCCCGAGCAUGUCCUCGAUGGUACCAAUCUAUAUAAGGACAACAAUUUUACUAGUCCCCUUCGAACAAAAACACAGUUCAGCGACCUGCAAGGUGCAACCGGCAAGAACAGUAAGCUAUUUCGAACCCCUCAGAUGGGAUUGAACGGCGACAAUUCUGACAAAGAUAUUACAGGAGAUGCUUCCAACGAUCCAUUUUAUGUUUCACCAGAAGAGAUUGAACAUAUCACUGAAAGUUGUGAUAUUAAUGACCGAAUGGGAAUCAGCAACUCCGACAUAACUGAAGUAGCAGCUAAUAAUAAUUCGCCAGUUCGUGUGUUGUGCUCGGAAACAUUUUUCGAAAACUUCGGGGAAGUGAUUGCAGAAUUAGCUCGAGGCAUCUUCGAUGGAAUUCAAUCUAUGGAAAACAUGCCAAUCCAUUUCACUGACACUUACCUGAUGGACACAUGCGGCGUAGAUAUAGAGACGCCGUUUCGGGGAGCGAUUGUGGUUUCCACGCUGUCUCAGAUUCAGACGUCUGGACCAAAUGGCCUUCUCCAAAACUUUUUGCCAAAAAUCGUUGAGCUUGUCUCUACCUCACGAUAUCGCCACAUUACAAUCUUCCUUUGCAUCGACACGAAGCUCGAUACCGACACAUCUCAAGACAUUUUGCGACUUCAAACCGCUUUCUUGUGCGACGCAGAAUAUUCUGCGGAGCGAACAACCACGAGUAUUCAACUGACCUCGCGAGCAUGCUUGGCGGCAUGCAUCGCAAAGAAUAUAGUUUGGAACAGGAGUAGAUUUGAUUCAAAUUCUCAUUUCUCCGCAAUGUCAAAAAUGGACCACUGGCUAUCGGAUCAACGAGCUUGUCAACGGCUAAAGUUCUUGAUGAAUAUUAUUCCGACAUUGUCCGUGACCGGAGCGUUGCACUGGAUAGAAUCGAGACAGAGCCCAACCCGGCCCUCCACGCAAACCGAGAGCGAGGACGAUAAGUCUAUGGCAUGGUUCCAGCAAUGCUUUGCACGUGUUGAGGAAGAAAGUAAUUAUUUGAAAUCAUUGUUGCCUUCAUCGAAACACCCAAAAGAAAUGAUGCAGCUCCACGAUUUUAUCAGCCCAUACGUUGCGUUACAGCUAGUGACAGUAGUGGGUGCUCGCCUCAAUACUACCAAUUAUUUCUAACAUUUUCAAAUCUUUGAGUAAUAAAAUACGCAAAGAUUGAAUCAAACCAUUUGGUAGAC